UAUAAAUAAAAUAAUACAGCAAGAAUUUGAUACGACAUCAGAGUAAAUACAUCCAGUUUAAAAAUCUUUUUUUUUUUGUACCAAAUUCUUAACAUAAAUCGAUAGUUCCAAAAAAAUCACAAAAGCCCGUGAAAGGAAGAAAUUCGUAUUCAACAAGCGAUAAAUUAAAAAGUCUCAUUUCUUGUCUAAUUAUAAUGCUAAAGAUUUUUAUUUGGUAAAAUUCCUUGAGCAUAUAGCAAUAUUAAGACGUGUCUAAGAACAGAAUAGAGUGACAAUGCCUCUUUUUGGUAAAAAGGAUUCCGGAAAAAAGUUGAGGAAAGAUAAUAACAGGGACAUCGAUAAGCAAAUUAUAAAUAUUGAAGACAAAUAUCAUUUAAGACAAGUUUUGGGAAAUGGUGCCUUUUCAGAAGUUAGACUUGGUGAAAGUAAAGAAAAUCCAGGUCAAUUAUUCGCGGUGAAGAUUAUCGACAAAAAAGCACUUAAAGGAAAAGAGGAUUCGCUGGAAAAUGAGAUAAAGGUUCUCAGAAGGUUCUCGGCAAUGAGCGAUACUAAUGAUCCAAACCGAAAACCAUUGACACAUCCAAAUAUAGUGCAACUCUUAGAAACAUAUGAGGAUAAAACGAAAGUUUACUUAGUGAUGGAAUUAGUAACUGGCGGAGAAUUGUUUGAUAGAAUUGUUGAAAAGGGAUCAUAUACUGAGAAGGAUGCAUCUGGUUUAAUGAGACAAGUUCUCGAGGCGGUGGACUAUAUGCAUGAACAAGGAGUUGUACAUAGAGACUUAAAGCCAGAAAAUUUGCUUUACUACAACACAGAUGAAGAAAGCAAAAUCAUGAUUAGUGACUUUGGUCUAUCGAAAAUGGAAGAUUCAGGAAUUAUGGCAACUGCUUGCGGAACCCCUGGCUACGUUGCACCCGAAGUGUUAGCACAGAAACCAUAUGGAAAAGCUGUUGAUGUUUGGUCAAUAGGAGUAAUUUCAUAUAUAUUGUUAUGCGGUUAUCCUCCGUUUUAUGAUGAAAAUGAUGCUAAUUUAUUUGCACAAAUAUUAAAAGGUGAAUUUGAAUUCGACUCGCCAUAUUGGGACGAGAUAAGUGCUUCAGCAAAAGAUUUUAUCCAGCACUUGAUGUGCGUAGACGUGGAGAAAAGAUAUACCUGCAAGCAAGCUCUAGCACAUCCAUGGAUAUCCGGUAACGCAGCUAGCAGUAAAAAUAUUCAUAGUACUGUGUCUGAGCAGCUGAAAAAGAACUUUGCAAAAUCUAGGUGGAAGCAAGCAUAUCAUGCAACUACAGUCAUCAGGCAAAUGCAACGAAUGGCUUUAAAUAGCGGAGGCUCAAGCCGUAACAAUACAAUAACACGCAAUGAUGUUGAAAAACAAACUUAGAUCUUAAUUUUCUUUUCUUUCUCGUUGUGAUCGUUUCUAUUUAAUCUCGAGCAUGUUUCCUUCUAGGAUUUCUCAAAUUUCUAUUUUAAUUAAACAUUUACUCUUUCUCUGGUGUCUUAUUAAAGAUCCCACUAGUGAUUAAUUAAAUAAUUACAAUGCCAUCGACAGUUCAUUCAACUGCUACAAUGAAGCA